CAAAGGCUGACAACGGCCCACCAAUGAAACGCGUAUUUUUAUGUUCUCUAUCCGACCAUACUCCAUACCCAUUGAUUUUCCAUCAAGGGCAGAAACGAACACGGUACAGAGAGAGAGAAUGAGUUACCAGAGAGUUCCCCAAGAGCCCUACCCUCCUCCAGGGUAUUCAUCCGCGUAUCCUCCUCCGCCGGGAUACCCAUCAGCGCCGCCACGUCCGUACGAGGAGUACCCACCUCCGCCUCCGGGGUAUCCGACUUACCCUCCACCUUCUCGGCCACCAUAUGAAGGUUACCAAGGGUAUUUCAAUGCUGGGUAUCCUCCUCCACCACCACAACCACCGCUGCAAUACCAGCAUCACCACUGCGAGCAUUACCAGUAUCAAGACCAGGGUACUGGUUGCUUUUCAUUUUUACAAGGCUGUUUGGGAGCACUUUGUUGUUGUUGCGUGUUGGAGGAGUGCUGCUUCUUUCUAUGAAUGGGGAUCUCACUUUAGUACUGUCAUCUCUCCUGUGUGUUGUAAGAGUGCAGGCUUUGAUGAAAAAACAUGUUUUGGGUCUGGUGAUUUGUGUUCUAUAUACAAUUAUACAUCCCUCCUGUUAAUACUUAAUAUUCAAUAGGUCUUGUGCUCAUUUGAUUAUGCAUUUAUAGUUUAUGCUGCUUUUUAAUAAACUUUUCUACUUCGUGUAAACGAGCGCUGUCCAGAUGAGAUGAAGACACUUCUUAAUAUAUACUAUAUUUUUCUGA